CUAUGCUUAGUUCAUGCUUCUCGUUCUAUAGUUGUCCGUGAGAAAUGUCAGACGACGUGGCCGAUGAAACAUGGAAGCCGUGUCAGAUAAUGUAGCUUGAAGCUUUUUUUUGCAACGCCAUGCCGUAUUACGCGAAAGUAACCGGUUCCAAAACGUUCUUUUAAUUAACUAGUCUCUUAUUCUAUAAUUUAAUAAUUUAUUUAAUGUUAUAAACACGUCACUUCCAUCAUAACCAUGGGAUUGUGCAAGUGUCCGAAAAGAAGAGUUACAAAUCUGUUUUGUUUUGAACACCGUGUCAAUGUUUGCGAACAUUGCAUGGUUACGAAUCAUCCAAAGUGUAUUGUUCAGUCGUAUAUACUAUGGCUCCAUGACCAUGAUUACAACCCUAUUUGUACAUUAUGCUCAGUAAAUCUGAGUGAAGGAGAUUGCGUACGAUUGACGUGUUAUCACAUGUAUCACUGGGCAUGUUUGGACAAAUAUGCGAGAGAAUUACCAGCGACCACAGCACCGGCAGGGUACACAUGCCCAACAUGCAAGGAACGCAUUUUUCCUGACUCGAAGUUAGUUUCUCCUGUGGCCGAUGUGUUGAGAGAGAAGCUGGCUGGUGUAAAUUGGGCAAGGGCUGGUUUAGGUUUACCAUUGCUCAGUGAAGACAGAGAGCAAAAACCAGAGCCGGAGCAUCCUUCAUUGAGAAUUGAGACCACGUCAUACCAAAACCACGCAUUAACAACGUCAUCGCCGUCAACAGCUACAUCGCGUACUAUUAGUAGUGUAAAUUCAGUUCACAGUAAUAUAAACAAUGUGCAUUUGAACAAUCAAAAGGUUGGACCACCUUACUCAAUUGUAAAUAUCGAUUCGUCUAUGGGAUUGUCGCAGCCAACGUCGAGGAAAGUUUGCGAGGCUUACGACGAUCCUAAAGAAAUGUCGUUCGAUCACGAUGAGAAUAAAUAUAGGAGAAAGUCUGCCGUUGAAUGGUUCUUGAGGUGGUGGAAGUUGAUAGUUAGCCCGCCAACGCGGCGUAGAAACACACCUGGCUCACUGUACAGGAGAUACACAGUGCUAGGCAUCAUGGGAAUAUUAGCUUUCAUCGGAAUGUUAAUCCUGUUCUCGUGGCUUGGAAAAAUGGCCACGGAUGGCGAUCCAAGUUACGAUCUUCGUGCUGAUCCCAACAUUUUAGUCGACGAUAAACCCGCUAUUUAAUAUACUCGGUCUUUCAGAGCGGCAUUUGAAAGCAAACUGUGAGAGUAUCACGUGAACGAAACCGUAUAAUAUAUGUGGAAGUAAUAAUUGAAGCUUGUAAGAUAACGAGAUCAGUUUGGAUUAUAUGUCGAAAGAAGAUUAUGUAUGUACUCACACUAUCUUAUGAUUUCAUUCUAAAAGAGUAAUUAGCUUAAGGUACAGUGUAUCGCUAGCCUUAAUAUUUGUUAACCUUUAUGUAAAGUAUGCCUUAAUAUUAAGCUGUAUAUUUCACUCUGUAAAGACUUAUAAAUUUGCAACAAGUUUUGUGUAAUGAUUAUACGAACAAGUUUUUUAUACUAUCUUAUGCGACAAAUGAAAACAAAGAAAAAAAAAAAGAAAAGAGCGCCGCUAAUAUGUAAUAGGAACAAA